GAGAAUACGUUGUUUUGGUUAUUAUGGUUUCUUGGUCUUAAUUACAACGUAAUUGUGCACAUGUAUGUCGUUUAACAGAGUAAACGUCCUUAUUAAUUGUUUGUAUGCGGAUACAUUAGUCUGAGUGCACUUUGACGUGCUAGCCUAGCCUGCUGGUUAGCUUAGCUUGUUGGCUGCUAACAAAGAGAGGCAGAAGUGAUCGACACAUCAAAGCAGAGAGCCAAUAUAUGAUCAACUUUGACGUUGGUUUUUUGACGUCCCAGUCAGCUUUCUCACCUGGCCGGAUUCCUGACUUCCUUUUUCGCCCACUGGCUCCUCCCCCCCGGCAAAAGCGUCACCGGCGCCGCGGCAAACGUGGCGGCCAGCUGGUGAGAGUUAGGGCACUCCUGGCCCGGCUUUCCGUGGCUUCCCGAAGGAGGUAUGGUCCGGUACCUGGUUUCUUCCUGCACCCGCGUUUGCUGGAUCCCGCCGGGUCCUGGAUUGUUCCUGUCGUCGGUUUGCAGGAGGAAGCACGCCACCAUCGCUCCUGCUGUCCCCGCCCCCGGAGGCGCAGGGUGAAUUCCUGCCACCUGCGGGCUCUGUUUCGGGCCCCACCCGGAUCAGCAGAGGCCUUGGACGCGCCGGCCCCUGUUAAGUUCGGUCUGGUUAACCCAAGAUCCUUGACAAACAAAACAUUUAUUCUGAAGGAUUUAUUCGUCUCCCGUGGACUGGACUUCCUCUGUGUGACGGAGACUUGGCUGAGAAUUGCAGCCCCCCCACAUUAAAGAGGAAGAGGAGGAUCUGCACCCCACCCACAUGAAAGAGGAAGAGGAGGAAGUGUGGAUCAGUCAGGAGGGAGAGUGUCCUGUGGGGCAGGAGGAGGAUGAUGUCAGCAAGUUUCCACUGACUGUUGUCUCUGUGAAGACUGAAGAGCAUGAAGACAAAGCACCUGAGUCCUCACAGCUUCAUCACAGUCCAAACGUCCAGCGGGUGUCAGCGGGGAGUCAUGAAGAGGAGUGGCACACCAGUGUGAGACAGAAGGAGCUACAGUCCCCCUCCCACAUUAAAGAGGAGCAGCUUCAUGAUGAAGAUGAAGCUCAGUCCUUACAGCUUCAUCACAGUCAAAGUGAGGAGAACAGAGGGGCGGAGCUUGUAAGUCAACACAUCACAGAAGCUGAUGGAGAGCAUUGUGAAGAUAUAAAGUCAGAACCAGACAGCAUCUUUGCUCCACUGUCAGACAUGGACCACAUGAUGUCACACUCUUCAGAUCACAGUGACCACAUCCAAAAACCUUUGGAGAGUAAAAAUGACUCUAAAGGUGAUACGAGACAUCACACUAACAACAAACACUUUGACUGCUCUGAAUGUGGGAAAUAAUUUAGACUGAAGAGUGAUUGUACAAGACACAUGAGAACACAUACUGGAGAGAAACCUUUUACUUGCUCUGUUUGUAAGAAGAGUUUCUCCAGAAAGGGUGACAUGACCAGACACAUGAGGAGGACACACACUGGAGAGAAACCUUUUGCUUGCUCAGCUUGUGCUAAAAGAUUCAACACUAAGUAUGCAAUGAUAUCACACAUGAGAACACACACUGGUGAGAAACAUUUUACUUGCUCUGUUUGUAAGAAGAGUUUCUCCAGAAAGGAACGCAUGACCACACACAUGAGGACACACACUGGAGAGAAACCUUUUGCUUGCUCAGCUUGUGCUAAAAGAUUCAUCACUAAGAAGGAAAUUAUAUUGCACAUGAGAACACACACAGGUAAGAAACCUUUUACUUGCUCUGUUUGUAAGAAGAGUUUCUCCAGAAAGGAAUGCAUGACCACACACAUGAGAACACACACUAGAGAGAAACCUUUUGCUUGCUCAGCUUGUGUUAACAGAUUCAACACUAAGAAAGACAUAACCAUACACAUGAGAACACACACAGGUGAGAAACCUUUUACUUGCUCUGUUUGUAAGAAGAUUUUCUCCAGAAAGGAAUGCAUGACCACACACAUGAGAACACACACUGGAGAGAAACCUUUUGCUUGCUCAGCUUGUGCUAAAAGAUUCAACACCAAGUAUGACAUGAUAUUACACAUGAGAACACACACUGGAGAGAAACCUUUUACUUGCUCUGUUUGUAAGAAGAGUUUCUCCAGAAAGCAAAACAUGACCACACACAUGAGAAUACACACUGGAGAGAAACCGUUUAGUUGCACUGUGUGUGUUUUGGCAAACUCUACACAAGGCCAAAGCUUUCACCCAAACAGAAGGGCCUCAUGUCCAAUUGUGAGUUUGGCUCCCAUUUCCCCCCAGGGGACAGCACUGGAAUUACAGACAGCAUUUUCCAACAGCUGAAGACCAUCAGUAAUCAGGAAGGCUCUCACCUGAAGCAAUCAAAUCCACUCUUUUUAAGUCUGCAGCUCCAGCUCAGACUUCAGGCCAACAAACACUGCUCGAGGAGAUUUUGACAAAUACAGUAGAGACAACUGUUUAAAGAGACCAGGGUGGCUGACGGUGAGAUUACAUGUAUUAUUUUGAUGUUUUUGAUUUGAUGUGUUGAAUUCAUUGUAAUUGCCAAGUGGUUGUUAAAUGUUUAAAUGCCAAAUCCAAGCUGUUAAAGGUCACUACAUGUACUUUUGGAAACACUUUUACUUUAAAAAAUGGUUUAUUGUAAUUUGUUUACAUUGGUACCUAAUUGCUUUUGUAUUUGUCCACCUUUUCCAAAGGUUUUUCACCUUACAUCU